GAUAUGAACGAAGCAGCCCUGUUUGCUCUGCUAUACAGCACUUAUUUUCUCUCCUACAUCUCCAGGAAGAAUAUUAUCUUUAUCGCACCUCACCUGCUGCAGUUUGGAUUUACUAAAAGUGAUUUGGGUGCUUCUCAGAGCUCCUUUACUGCCUGCUAUCUUAUCAGCAAGUUAUCGAGCAAUUUGAUUUGUAACUGGGCGUCACCACGACUGGUACUGAGUAUUGGUAUUACUACUGUUGGGUUUAUCAACAUAUUAGCGGGAGUGUUGGAGGCACCACAAUACAUGUGGGCUCUGUGGGGUCUGAACGGGUUAUGUAGCGGAGCCUGCUGGCCCCCUAUUGGCAACCUCAUAGUCUCUCACUUUCCUCAACAUAAGCGAGGGAGAAUAUGGUCGCUGAUUUCAAGCAGCAUGAACGCAGGAUCUACAGUGUCCCCCCCGCUAACCCACUUCCUGGUUUAUCACACUUCUUGGAACUUAUCCUUUACUAUCAUUGGAUUUGUGGAUGUGAUUAUCGGAGUUGUUUUAUUUGCUGCUCUCCCUAGACAUAAGGGAACUAAUAAUUGUACAGAAACUAGCAGCUCAACCUCUGAUAAGGUGUCGCCGUGGAAAUGGGACAUGCUGGUCAACAAGUUCAUGUUUGCUAUUUGUUUUUCUUUUAUGAUCCUGACGUUUAGUCUGAUAGCUAUAUCUACGUGGGGGCAGAUUCUGUUUAUUGAGAAGUUGGACACGGACACCUUAACUGCUGGAUUUAUCGUCAGUUUGUUUGAGAUUGGCGGGUUUUGUGGCGCUACUGCUAGCGGCUUUUUUGCGGACUUCGUGGCAAGAAAUUUUAAAACGAAGGGUAGUCCUAGAUCAUAUUCAGGUGUGCUCUGUACUGGAAUAUUCUGCGUUUCAAUAACAACAUUGCAAUGUGUACCACCCUCAACUCUACUGUGUAAGACAUGUGCUAUCGGAUGUGGUUUUGGGCUCUACGGAACGAUGGCCAUAUACGGACUGCUGACUAGAGAAUACGUUUCCAAAGAACAUUCUGGAACUCUGAACGCUGUUAUGGGUGUCUGCUCUCAACUUGGUGGCUUCUUUGCAGGAUCUCCUCUCGCUGGAUUCUACGAAAAACAUGCUAUAUCAGAUGGCUUUUGGAUAGUUGCUUAUGUUGCACCUGUGGCAUUUGUGUGCAUAUGCUUGCUGACGUUUGUUGAGGGAAAAUAUAAAAAGAAAGAUGAUUAAUUAUUAGCUGGAAGAGAUGUUUAAGCUAUUUUAAUUUUCUUCAAAU